GGUGUGUGUGUGUGUGCGUGUGUAUGUAUAUUUUGUAUCUGUGGUUUUUGUUUUGUUUUGUAAUUUGUAAUUUGUAAUAAUAAUUGUCUAUAUAUCGUGAUAGUUUAGUGUGUGUCUCAGUUAUUGUUGAUUGUUGUUCGUUAAUGGAUUCAUUCAAUAAUCAUCAAAUCGUUUCGCAAGGUGACCGUCCAUUUUCCACUUGCACCACCAUUGUAUCGACAUCAAAACCAAUCAGCGGUGAAGAUAUAAUCAAUAUCCGAAUGAUCAGUGGACGAACAAUCACUUCAACAACAUCAGCGGCUACAGCUGCUCAACAACAAGGAUCAUCCACUACAGAAGAAGCCAUUGUACGUUCAGCUACCGUAUUGAAUACAUCCGGCACCAUCGAUGGUGUGCUCGAUGUGACGCCACCACUACCGCCAUCCACGACAGUUGCAUCGACCAGUCAACCAUUGUUGACCACGGCCAGUACACGAAUAGCAAAAACAUCAAAAACGAAAUUCCUGAUAUUGGGCGCGGCAAAAGUGGGCAAAACACUAAUAUUACGACGUAUGCAGAAUAUCAAUUGGCCGUUGAUCAGUGACACGUCCUUGUACAAUCCGACAAUUGGUCCAGAUCUUCAUCGCCUCAAAUGUGGUAAUAUCGAAGCAAUCGAUAUCGGUGGCCGACAACGAUAUAUGCCAAUCGCGAGAAAGUAUUGUGAGUUAUUUCAAACAUUCGUCGUCGUUUUCGAUUUGACCGAAAUGGAAUCGUUCACGUUGGCAAAAAAUUGGCUACAAUUCAUUCACACGCACGAUCUAAUACAAGUGAAACGUAUCAUUCUGAUUGGCAAUAAAAGUGAUCUUGAUAAUGAACGUAAAGUGGCAAAAAAUUUGGCUAAAAAUCUGGCCAUGACAUAUGAUGGUGAUUAUCUGGAGAUUUCAGCCAAAAUGGAUCUAACCAUGGAUAAAAUCAUCGAUGCACUCGAACAUGACGAUAAGAGCGAUGCUAAUCAAUCGAAUGAUAAAUAGCCGUCGCUAUCAACCACCAACCACAACUACAACAACAACAACAACUACGACAUUCGAAUGAAAUCAAAACAACACGUACUACGCACUCACUUUGUUCAUCCAUCAGGAUUUUUUUUCUUUUUUUGGAGCAAAUUUUGUAAAUAAAAUUCCUCUUUUUCUUUUUC